AUGGCUCCAAACUCCUAUGAGGAAGCCGUGGAUCAAUACGUGAAUGUUGGCCCAAUUCGUUUUGCAUAUCGAAAGUUCGGUGCCGAAACAGGCAUUCCUCUCACUCUCCUAAUCCACUUUAGGGGCUCGAUGGAUCAUUGGGAUCCAGCGUUCAUUAACCCGCUCGCCGCCUCUCGACCCAUAAUCCUGAUUGACAAUUCCGGUGUCGGUCGAUCAGAUGGUGAGGUCCCAUUGGUCAUGAAAGAAUGGGCUCAGAACAUUAUCAAUGUUCUCAACGCAAUCGAUGUGAAACAGACCGACCUCCUCGGUUUCUCAAUGGGAGGAUUCGCCGCCCAACUCGUCACCCUCAACGCACCGUGGCUCAUUCGUCGACUCAUACUAGCGGCCACCAGUGCCAGUAUUGGCGAAGGAGUUAUCCCUCCCAAACAAGAUCCAGCAGUCAUGAAGCUGAAAGAUGCCGAGACCCACGAAGACCUGCGCCAGGCCUACAUCGAAGCUUUCUUUGGCGCAUCGGGAAAUUGUUUAAAAGUCGGGGCUGAGGUAUGGGACCGUAUUGUCUCUGCCAGAAACGAAAUUUCCGCAUUCCUUGGGUUUGAGGGGACUUGGAGGCAAUUCGCCGCCUUUGGGAACUUCCUUCUCGACCCUCGCCAGGCCAAAGACGGUUCUUAUAACCGGCUCAAUGAGAUACAUAUCCCCGUCCUUGUUGCAAUUGGGAGCAAUGAUGCUGCCAUUCCCACUUACAACAGCUACGUUUUGUGGCAGAAAUUGACCAACUCCAAUGCGCAGUUGCACAUCUACUCGGACUCAGGGCAUGGGUUUUUGUUUCAGUAUGCAGCCGAAUUCUCCAGGCUAAUUGGUGAAUUCUUGGACAGCGUUUAA